UCCACUCUCUUCGCUGGCACUCUGUAUAAUCAACACGUGACUCUUCAAACUUGGUGCCUUAGUGAGCGAGUGCUCGCGCAAUUAAUUUCGUAUAUCAAAAGCGAAAUGCAAAACAUACUGGUGGUGGGACUGGCGAUGAUCGCUGUAUCGUCGAGUCAGGAUUGCGAGGAUAACAACGGCAAAUACUUCGCCUUCCACAACAUUACCCUCGUAGGAGACGAGACGACGUACCCGUGCCUGCAGUGUUUCGCUCCUCCCUGUGAAGGAGAUGAACAAUCGAUGACACCCCUGACUGCAACGCUGAAACUUUGCUGCAGAACAUGUUCCCGGGUGAUGGAGAGUGGCGCUGCAUGUAAUCUUGAGCGAACCGAGCCGGCUGUUGUCUGUCAGGAGAACGACAUCUGUAGCACCACCAAGAGGGUCUGCGUGGAAGAAUGCAUCAUCCCGCCUCCAUCAACUUUUUACUGAGGGCUACUUUCCGUUUCAAGAAAAUGCGCGUGGGUAGCAGCUACCAGGCAUCCUAAAACCAGCCAGAACAAAGCAAGAUUGAUGUGGAUAUCCACAUUUACUGUAUUUUGC